UGAUAGAAUGACGGAAGCCUCAUUGGACAUAAUAGUCAGGACGUUUCGCUCCUCUUAGACACAGCGACAGUUUACAAUUAAAAAAUUUUAAGGUUCGGGUAGUAUUUGCUUGUUCUGUUCUUGAACGUGGUGUGGAGAUCUCAUUUUAGGAGCGUGCAGGUUGACGGGAUGAGAGUCGUGAUUGGCGGUGGCUCGGGUUUUGUUGGCAGAGCACUGACCCGGUUUCUAUGUGGAUCAGGUCAUGAAGUCACUAUUAUAUCAAGGCAACCGGGUCCUGGAUGUAUCACAUGGGAUGAUCUGGAGAGUAGCGGCCUACCACCAUGUGAGGGCGCUGUCAACCUGGCUGGGGAGAAUCUCAUGAAUCCCCUGCGCUGGUGGAAUGAGAGCUUCAAGAAAGAUCUGUUCUCCAGUCGGAUAAAUACCACUAGAUCUCUUGCAAAAGCCAUUGCAUCCUCCUCCAGUCCCCCUCGGGCCUGGGUCCUUGUCACAGGAGUGGCAUGUUAUAAACCAAGCCAGACGGUGCAAUACACUGAGGAGACUGAGUGGAGCCCCUUUGAUCUCUUUUCCUUACUGGUGAAAGAGUGGGAGGCAGCCGGGAGUCUCCCAGAAAACGUGGCCCGGAGCACCAGGCACGUGAUCGUCAGGUUAGGGAUCGUUCUGGGUGCAGAUGGGGGCGCUGUGAAGCAGAUGCUCCCCCCCUUCCGGUUGGGCUUGGGGGGACCCAUGGGCUCUGGCCAGCAACCGUUUCCCUGGAUUCACGUCGCUGACUUGGCAGGGAUAAUUGCCCGUUCACUGGAACCGCCCUCAAAACCCAUUCCCAGCAUACCAGAGAUCUACAACGGUGUCGCUCCCGCCCAGAACACCAACUAUGAGUUCACCAAGGCCCUGGGCCGGGCCCUGCGGAAGCCUACGGUGCUCCCGGCUCCCAAGCUCGUCUUGCAGGCGCUGCUGGGUGCGGAGAGGGCCGCGGUGCUUACCGAGGGUCAGUGGGUGUUACCCCGGAGGGCUCUGGAGUCGGGGUAUGAGUUCCAGUACCCAAACCUCAAGUCAGCACUGAAGGAGAUAGUGAGGAGUUAACACUCUGUUUGUGGACUGUUGGACUGCUCAGCUUGCUCAUACAUACAUUUUCAGUAGCUUAAUGGUUCCUUUCCUCUAACUAUAGAACACUACAGAGCCUGGUCCUGAACCCAAUAGCCUAGAACACUACAGUCCGUUAGGACUUUUGCAGCCCUGGUCCUGAGUGCUCUUGGUGUGUGCCCCCCCCCCCCCUGAAAUUUAGCACAGCAUGUGUUAAACCACUUCAAGGGUACUAAGAACAGCAUCAUGACCAAGAUCAGAAUGUGCUAUCUACUGAAAUCUGAGUUUUGUCAGACUGGAGUCCGCGUCUGCUAAUCGUGUCCGACGUUAUCAAUUCAGCUUUUUUUGCUUAAAGUCCUAAGCCGGUCAAACCAAGUUUUUUUUUUCUCCACUGUGUGGUGGUGGCUGUUUGCCAAAUACGAUGUUCCGCUCGACGUUUAUGGGAUGUAAAUAAACACUUGC